AUGUUCGCGCGCUCUGUGGAUUAUCACUAUCCAUCGAUGAUCCUUCGAUUGAUGGACGUCUUGCAGGCGUAUUCUUUUGACUCACUUCACUCUCAAGUCAAGGAUACGUGCCAGAAGAAGUUGAGUGCAAUGGGUGACUCUUGCGACAUGAAUCGAGUUUCUCAUGAAGCUGAACUGUCGUUGAAAAGUGGUACAAACAGGCCAAAAGACAAACGUGCAGCUGGAAGUUUUGAGAUACUGGACGAGUAUCCUGAGAGAAAUGAGCUUGUCGAUGGAUUGCCUAGCAGAAAGUUUUACUCUGCUGUGUUCAAGGAGCAUAAGGUGCUUUCCGAACACGUUCCUGAUAACAUUCAUGUCCAUGCGUUCGCUAACAGGUGGGAAACUUUUUUCGUAACCGAGAACCAUUUGGCAUUAGUUUGUAUGGAAAACUCAUUAAGGCUGAACGUUCUGCACGUUCUCAUAAUUGGACCUGUUGGAACUCCUUUUGAUACUACUCCAUUCUUCUUCAAGUUCAAACUUCCCGCUGACUAUCCACAAAAACCGCCCGAGGUAACAUACGUGGCCUACUCACAAGAACAACUCAAUCCGAAUCUCUACCAAAAUGGAAAGGUGUGCACAAGCCUUCUCGGCACGUGGUCCGGCCAGGGUGUUGAAACAUGGAAUCCUGCAAAAUCGAAUAUCCUCCAAGUGUUGCUUUCAAUACAAGCAUUAAUCUUGGUACCGGAACCAUAUUUCAAUGAAGCUGGAUAUGAAUCACGCAAGCAGCAGUCGGAAAUGUCCGAUCGGUCUCGUCGCUAUAAUGAAACCGCAGCCAUCAAUUCCUUGGAGUACCUUCUCAAGGUAUACAUGGAACCGCCGAGCGACUUCGAAGAGUUGAUCAAAUCUUUCGUGGAAAGAUCUUGGACAGGGCUACGACAUCGCAUAAAUGGGUGGAUCAGUGGCAGUGCAGAUCCAUCGUUCCCCGUAAUGGGGUCGAAAGGAUUCAAAAUGGCGUUGGAGAAGGCGGUAGAUCGGCUAAAUACCGCUAUCAAACCGUGUGCAACAGACGAAGAGGAGCAUGGCGAACCCAUGGAGCUUUGGAUGAAGAACACAGCGAACGUGUUUACGAGUGGACAAUCACAGCUGAGAGGAGAACGACGUCACAAUGAAGAUCUUCCGCAUAAUGCUGUGUUCACGCCACUCUAA